AUGUCGAUGUACCGAGAAUUGAAAGAGCCUAAAGAACCAAUUCAGGCAUCAAGGACCUCAUUGACAAGUUACACUGGAGAUAAGCUUAAUCUUGUUGGCAAAUGCACGUUGAAAUGUAUGAACAAGCUGCUGAAUUUUUUCGUGAGCGAAACAGAUCAGUAUCCUUUUCUGGGUUUUCAAGCGUCGCAAGAACUCGACAUAAUCAAGGUUGUGAUAAGCACUAAUAAAGAGGGAGAUCUUAAGGAGAAAUACUCAGUUGUAUUCAAAGGCGUGGGGUGCCUGAAGGAACCAUAUCACAUUGAAUUGGAACCUGAGGUAUCACCUGUAAUAAGUGCAGCGAGAAAAGUUCCUGUAGAAAUAAAAGGUCGUUUAAAGCUUGAGUUAGAAGAAAUGGAGAAGCAAGGAGUUAUUCGUAAAGUGGACAGACCGACUGACUGGGUCAACUCAAUUGCAAUAGUGCAGAAACCAGGUACGGGGAGACUACGAAUAUGCCUAGACCCGAAGCAUCUAAAUGAAGCGAUCAGACGGGAACAUUUCCAAUUACCAACGGUAGAAGAAAUAGCGUCUCGGGUAUCUGGUGCGAAAGUGUUCUCCAAGUGUUCUCUCACUGGCAGAUACCAUUGGAUGAGCCAAAUCAACUUAUAACGAUGUUCAGCACACCAUUUGGCAGAUAUUGUUUCACGGGAAUGCCUUUCGGCAUUAAAUCUGCGCAGGAAGUUUUCCAGAAGAGAAUUUCGCAGCAUCUUGAUGACUUCGAAGCCAUAGCCACUGAGAUUGAUGACAUACUCAUUUGGGGAUCUGAUGAACAGGAGCACGACGCACGGUUAGAAGCCAGCGUACAACAAUGUGAAGAAAUAAACCUCACAUUAAAUGUAGACAAGUGCAAGUUCAAUGUGAACGAAGUAUCGCAUUGUGGUCAUAACUUCAUGAAAGACUGUGUGAAACCUGAUGAGUCGAAGAUUAAAGCAAUUCAAGAUAUGCCAACACCUUCGUCGAAGAAGAAGAUUGAAAGAUUACUUGGAACUGCAAAUUAUUCGGCAAAAUUUGUACCUAACCUACCAACGAUCACAGCGCCAAUCAGAGAACUGCUGAAGAAAGAUAUCGAGUUCUAUUGGUCGCACAAGCAGACAAAAGCUUUUGAUGAGGUUAAAGAAAUUCUUACCCAGCAACCAGUUCUAAAGUUUAUUGAUCCAACUAAACCGGUUAUAGUGCGUUGUGCUGCCUCGCAGAAUGGACUUGGUGCAGUUCUGAUCCAGGAAGAACAACCAAUUGCCUAUGCGUCUCGUUCUACGACUGAAGCAGGAACUAGACACGCACAGAUUGAGAAAGAACUACUCUCUGUUUUGUUUGCUCUUGAAAGAUUCAUGAUCAAUGCGUACACCUAUGGCGUGAAAGUCCGUGUAGAGAAUGACCAUAAGCCACUUGAGAUCAUUUUAAAGAAAUCCUUACAUGAUGCUCCUCUCGGAUUGCAAAUGAUGUUGUUAAGAUUACAGAAAUAUGACUUCACCUACAAGCAUAAGCCGGGCGAGGAUCUUGUGGUAGCGGACACUCUAUCACGGGCACCACUUCCCACUACAGAUUCAGAGUUAGAGAAAGAAAUAUCUUGCUAUGUUUAA